AUGAAGGGUCUACACGUGAUCAUUCCCUCAACUCUGACGGAGGAAGAAGAGGAACUGAAAAAAAGUUGUUCGAAAAAAAUUCAAAAAAACUUUGUGAGUUUUAUCUUUGUUCUCUUAAUCUAGCUGGAUUUUUAGAAAAGAAUGAUUCACGACAAGAAAAAAAGUUUUUCCCGGUGAUCAGCGACAAAACAAAAAGGAACCAAAAAGAGGUUCAGUUUUUUUAAUUACAGGAAAUAUUUUUUUCAUGAUGCUUUUUUUCGAUAUGGAAAAAGCGCUUUUUAAAUUUUUUUGAUUUGUAUUAUUUUGAGAAUACUUUCAAAUCGCGCCUACUUGAAUAUAUUAGAAAAAAACAUAAAGAACUGUUUUCUUUUUCAAACUUUGACGGUUUUUUCAGUGAAUCACGAUCCUGACGCAGCGGCGGAGGAACUUCGAAAAAAAGUUAUGUGUGGAUCGUUCACACUGCAGAAGAAAAAUGAGAAGAGCACUUUCAAACGAUCUCGAGGCUCAGAUACGAGAACUUCUUUGAACAGUUCCCAGGUCGGAGAAGACGGAGAAAUCUUCGACGAUCCGUCCCCUUGGUCACCUUCGCCUUGUCAGUUCCGACUAUUCCAAACAUUUCUGAAAUGUAGCAAAUUUCAGCAAACCUAGCCGAUUCGGAUAUAACCAGAGUGCGGCACAAUGCUCUAUGUGUACGAGGGAUCGACCUCCAGGUUCGAGUUUUCGAAAAAAAGAUUGGAAAGUUUGAAGAAAAGAGCCAUUUAUAUUAUCUGCUGUAAUUUUUUUAUUUUUCUAAUUUUUUCAUUAUGAACUUUAAAACUGUAUCGGCGUAUGAAUGGGCUAUCACAAACUUCUUUUCAUUCAUAGCCCGAUUUUUUUUGAAUAUAUCAAGUAUCAAAAUAUCGAUCUAAUCACUAUUUUUCAAAUAAAUAAAACGAUUAUCAAUGAACUCUUCUUAUUCUGCAUCAACGCAAAUUUUUAGUUUAAUGCAAAAAAAAAAGUUCAAACCAAAAAUUCAGACUUAACUUACUCUGUUUUUCACGCAAGUCGUACAAGGAGGAAAAUAUCAAAAUAUCCUCCUUUCAAAAAUUUUGAGCUCUAAGUCUGUUAAAUUCGUUUUUUCAGUCUGAUAUGCUCCGCAACGCCUUCACUAAAUACGGAAAGAUAAUGUCCAUCAAUGUCGACAACAAUCAUAGGUACAUUUUUGUUUCAGAUCUCUCAAAAAUGAGAAAAUUUCAGAAGUGCAGUUGUCCAUUUCGCCAAAGCCUCCGAUGCCGAAUAUGCAAUGAGAAAAGUUUAAAUCUUCAUUUUCCCCCAAAUCAGAAAUUCUCUCAGAUGAACGGACAAAUGCUCAACGGCAUCACAAUUCGAGUGACAGUAGACAGAUCCCACGAAAGCCGUCCGACAAGGUUCAUUCCGCCCCAACCGAUCCAGACCGAACCUGCGAGCUCAUCUUCGAAGUGA